UGAAAAAUAAAACUGGUCGGGUCGUGUUUAGAAAUUGAUUAACUCCAAAUCAAAAAUCCAAAUCCUCGCGGCCAUUUUUGGCGUUCCAGAAAUUGAUUCCCGCUAUUAUAUAUUUCUUGUCUUCUUGUAAACAGAAAUCAUAUACGAGUAUCAUUGUUUGCGACUUCAUCAGGCCUUAGAUUCUGGGAAUAAAAAUGUAUGCGGUGAUAUCCCGGACCCGCCAACUCGUUCAAAUAACAUUAGUUUCUUAGUGAUUUGAGACCAAUGGCUGCAAAUACGGUAGAAGAGUUGGAAAAUAAGAUAGGAAUUGAAAUGAAGGCAGUGAGAGCCUUGAUGCUAGAUCGGUUUUCUUUUGUGGACCAGAAGUUGACAGUCAUCGAAGAACUUUUGAAGAAAUUAGUUGACACAAAAAACCAAACAGGAAACCAACCAGAGACAGGGAAUUCUUACUAUGGGAGUCAAAUCGAAAAUGGCAUGGGAGAGAGAGGAAUUGUGACCAGUAAAAGCCGAGAUGAAGGAAGUAAGGUAAUAGGGGGACACGAUGGUGUGCAUUCACAUGAACGUCGGGUCAAGAUUAAACUGGAAAAUAGCCGACAGGGAACUGAUGAUGGGUUUCAUCUAGAUGACCGAGGUAGAGAGGGGUCACCAUGGGAGGGUAACAAUCCGUAUGGGUGGGUUGGUCUAUAUACAAGUCACCAUGACAAAGAUAAUCUACCCUGGCCUGAUUUUGGAAUGAGAAACAAUUUUUGUGGGUCUGUUUUGGCAGGUCAGCAGGAACUGGGUGUUAGGACGAAAAACAUGUCUUCUUUUGGGUUUCGUUAUAGACCAAAAGAAAGUUCAGCUAAAAGCAAAUUUGAUAACUUUUUCAUUGAUAACAGGCCUAGAACCCAGAGGGGUACGGGACAAGACGGGCUUGGACAGAAGAUGGUCAAAGAUGAUGAAACUGAAUGGGUUGAAAAGCAAUCUGAAAAUGAGACUGAAAAGGGAUGGGGUUCUUGGGUUAAUAAGGAUGUCAAAAAGGGUCAAUAUAACCUUGUUAAGGAUUCUUUAAUGUCUGAUGAGUGGCGAGCAAAAGAUUCUUGGGCAGAUUCAUCAGGUAAAGUGCCAGAUAAAAUGGAUGCAAGUGGAGAAAAAGAAGAGCAUACCGGCUCCUGGGCCCCUUGGAGGAAGAAAAAGGAUGACAAAACUGAUGUUCCUGAACAAUCUUCUUCAACAGCUGAUAUGUCCGGUAAAAAGGAUCAUGGUUCUCAGAGUAAAGUACACAAUGAGAGACACGGUAAAUGGCUCCCUUCGGGAUCUGAUAGAGGUCAUGUUUGGAUAAAGAAAGUGGAAGAAAAAACUGAUACAAAAGAUGGUUGGGGUCCAUGGGUUAAGAAAUGCAAUAAUAGACCUCAUUCACAAAUGGCCGCUAAAAGAUCAAAUGAAAAAGGUUAUAAAGUGAGUCAGAAACCAGGAUCCUGUAACGAGAAUGAGGAAGUUUGGGGCCCCAAACGAAAACGGCCUAAUAGCCCAGUUGGGGAGCCAACGGAUGCUUCAAGAUCAAACAGACUGUUUACUGCAACAUGGCAACGUUUUGAUAUGUUCACGUCUGAUGAGCAAGAGAUUCUCAAUGAUUUUGAUCCGAUUGUGCAUUCAGUCCAAAGAAUCAUGCAUGACAAUGGGUACAAUGAUGGUGAUCCUUUGUCACCUGAUGAUCAAACUUAUAUUCUUGAUAACCUCCUCAAUUACCAUCCAGGAAAAGCCCAGAAAAUGGGUGCUGGAAUCGAUUACAUCAUGGUCUGCAAUCAUCUGAAGUUCCCAGGAAGUCGGUGUUUUUACAUUGUAACUACUGAUGGGCGUAAAGAAGACUUUUCAUAUCGAAAAUGUCUGGAAAGUUUUUUAAGGGGAAAGUAUCCUGAUAAAGCGAAUGCAUUCAUGCGCAAAUAUUUCAAGCCUAAGCCUCAGCUUCAUCCUGCUGGGAAUAGGGGUCAUGGCUAAGGUGCUGAUGAAGCCAUGACCAAUCGUCUCCACUCUCCAGUCUGAAUAUCCCGUGAAUCUUUUGUGGCGCCUGCUCUUUUUGCAGUCUCAGGUGCACAUCGGUAUAUACUAGAUAGAAUGAGAUGAUGUAGUAGCUUUUCAUAGAAUAAUCAAUUGUUAAGCUUCUAGUGUUAGUGGUGGUAUUUUAUGUACAAGGGUGUACUUUUAUUGUUGAUCAACGCUUUAUAUACCAAACACGUUGAUGCUGAUCAGUGGUCAUCUAUGUUUUUUGUCAACGACAAA